GUCGGUGGUCCGGUGAGGAUCAGCUGUAACGGGACUGUUUAAAGAUGCUGAUGUUUCUGCUCCUCGCUUUCGUUUCCCAGCAUGCCUCAGGGGUGGAAGUAGAGCAGGGGGUUGAGUCUGUCCUGCUGCCCUGUCAGGUACCAGUUAAUGUUUCCAUGAGCUCCACAGCAGCAGUGUGGGACCAAGAGGAACUGACGAAGCCAAUGGUUCACGGACGUGUGAAGAGUGGUGAUGAUCUUUCUCUUCAAAAUGAUCGUUACACCAACCGAACAUCAAUGAGAGCCAACGCUCUGCAGACUGGAGACCUCAGCCUUACUCUGAGGAACCCCACAGUCUCUGACAGUGGAACCUACACCUGCACCGCCCGCAAGCAAGGACAAGACCUGAGCCGGACUGAAGUACAGCUGAAGGUCACAGUUCCUCAAAGCGAGUUUGUGGAGGUGACACAGGGGGUGAAGUCUGUCCUGCUGCCCUUUAAAACUACACCUGACCUUUCUGAGGACGUCACAGUGGAGUGGACUCUCACUCAACCCAAACUCAUGACGGUCCACGUAUAUGAGAGUGGAAACAAUCAGCCACAUAAACAAGACCAGGGCUACAGAGGUCGCACAGAGAUGAAGGAAGAUCCGCUGAGAACUGGAGACUUCAGUCUGACCCUGAAAGACUUCUACCUCACUGACAGUGGAUUCUACACCUGCACCGUCUACAACAAGGACGGGAACGUGCUGCUACAGAAAUCAGUGACUCUCGCUGUCAGAGUUCCUCCUCCAGAGUGGGUGGAGGUGUUGGUAGUGACCGAAGGAAAGGAGUCUGCCUGCUGCCCUUUAAGACCACACCUGACCUUCCUCAGGACGUCACAGUGGAGUGGGCUCUCACUGAACCCAAACCCAUGAAGGUCCACGUAUAUGAGAGUGGAAACAAUCAGCCAGAUAAACAGGACCAGGGUUACAGAGGUCGCACAGAGAUGGAUGAAGAUCCACUGAACACUAAAGACCUCAGUCUGACCCUGAAAGACCUCCACCUCACUGACAGUGGAGUCUACACCUGCACCGUCUACAACAAGGAUGGACACAUGCUGCUACAGAAAUCAGUGACUCUCAGUGUCAGAGAUGUUGGGAUGCAGAUGGUGGUUAGAGAAGGGCUAAAGUUUGUAAUGCUGCCCUUCAAAAUACCACGUGACCUUCCUCAGGGCACCACAGUGGAGUGGAGACACAACAGUGUGAAAGUCUACAAGUGCAUAGCUAUAAAUUUUGGUACACAGCACCAGCCUCGCAGAGAUCGUGCAGAGAUGGAUGGAUAUCCACUACAACUGGAGACUUCAGUCUGACCCUUAGAGACCCCCACCUCACUGACAGUGGAGUCUACACCUGCACCGUCUACAACAACAA